CGUCAAUAAUAAGAAAGAGGCAUAGGGCAUGGCCUUUGUGAUCUCAUCGCCGAUAUGACCGCUCGCAAAUGCCGAGGCGUGAGUGUGUGAGCAAACGGCGUUCGGGAUCCGGAAAGAAAUCGAGCUCCAUCUCCUGGGCUUGGCUGACCGUUGCGGUUUUGUUGAUCUGCCGGUAUCUGCCGCUGUGCGACGGGGGCAAUCGCUGGCGCGGUCGUAUCGAACUCUAGUGUUCCAUGGCACAAUCGGAAAAAAGCUGGAUGGAGAUCUGAUGAAGUCGAAGUUCUAGAAAGGGUGACGAGUUCAGUUGAUAGCCGUCAAGAGAGAAACGGACGGUUGAACGGCACCAAGAGCGGAGCCACUCUCCACCCCAGAUCAACUGCCAACGCAACCUCAUGAAGCAAGAGUGACAGCAAACUGAGGCAUUCUGACAACUUGUUUGCCCUUAUUACGAGCACCGCUCGCCUUCCUCCUCGGUUCCAUCCGGACAACGGAUGGUUGCACGUGAAUCCCGCUGGCGUUCGGCCUGUCGGUUUCGCUGGCGUUGCAGCAAUGACGACGGGUUCAAUUAAAGGGAUGAGACAGCCCCUUACUCAGCCCACCACCCACCUCAUGCUUCCACUCACAUCCUUCCACCCUUCCUGAUCUGUGACGGGUGAGAAGUUCCACAACUCCACACCGACCCUGGCUGCCCAGGCGUCAUGCCUUGUACUCUGUAUCUUCACCAGUGCGGCAGCAUGCCAGCAAUGUUACUUAAGUAAUGACCAAUCGGUGCGACUUCAUGGCGACCUCCGGAUUUGGCCUCGGCCCAAGAGCUUCGUAUCAAGAUGGUGCUGGACAAAGGCGAAGGAGUCAGAUGGAUUAGGGGUAUUUAUAUACAGUUAAUUCCCCCUCUUCAGAGUUCUGAUGCUGGGUGGUAAUUUGAUAUCAUUACGCAAGUGUCGUCAUCUGAAGCUUUGACCACAUUCGACUUCAACAUACCUACCUUGCCUUAUCUCUCAACGUUGGAUCGACUUAUUACAACACUCACCAUGUCUUGUCCCUUCCACGUUGAAGGGGCUGCCAAGCCACCGGGUUCAUCACAUUCAGCACGUUCAGAGUCAACACCCAAGCCAGCAACACCAGCGCUGGAAGAGAUCGGAGAAGGAGAGCCAAUCCCUCAACCACCCGAGAGAUGGCUUACCGGCAACCUGGGAGAGAUCAACCCCGAGUUCUCCAUGGGAUCCCUAUGGAGACUUGCCGAUGUCUACGGUCCCAUCUUCACACUCAACCUCGUCAAGAGAAAGAUUGUCGUCCUGUCCAGUCAUGCUCUGAUAAACGAGGUGUGCGACGAGAAGCGAUUCGAGAAGAAAGUUGCUGGUGCCCAGGAGGCCAUCAGGGUGUUUGUCAAAAACGGUCUAUUCACAUCAUACAACGAGGAAGAAGAAUGGGGAAUCGCCCACAGAACUCUUCUACCGGCCUUUGGCCCGCUACAUGUCCGCACCAUGUUCCCCAAGAUGACGGAUAUCCUCUCUCAGAUGAUCCUCCGCUGGGAUCGCUUCGGCCCAGACUACCGCAUCUCAACCCAUGACGAUUUCACUCGUCUGGCGUUUGACGUUAUCGGUCUCUGUGCCUUCAACUACCGCUUCAAUGCCUUCUACUCCGAGGAGCUAAUCCCGUUCGCCAAGCAGCUGGGUGAUGUUCUCAUCGAGACUGGCAAGCGGACCAGUCGUCCCGAGAUCCAGAACACUCUGGCCUUCCUCAGCAAGAGGCAGAUGAUGGAGAAUAUUCAUUCCAUGUGGAAGGUCUGCGACGAUAUUGUCGCAGAGCGCAAGGCCAAUCCCCGCCCCGAUGUCGACGACACUCUCAAUGUCAUGCUCAACGCCAAAGACCCUGUCACUGGAAAGGGGUUCACCGAUGAGAAUAUCCGAUACCAGAUGGCUACCUUCCUGGUAGCAGGACACGACACUUCGGCUGGUACCAUGAUGUUUUUGUUCUACAACCUUCUCAAGCAUCCCGAGGCCCUGCAGAAGUGCUAUGCCGAGGUCGAUGCUGUGCUCGGAGGCAGGGAGCUGCAGUUGGAGGACAUUCCCAAACUCAAGUACAUUGAUGCUGCCAUGAAGGAGGCUCUUCGUUUCUGUGGUCCUAUUCCGGCUUUCAUGAGACAGGCGAAGGAGACCACCAUCAUUGGCGGCAAGUACAAGGUCACUCCCAACGAGAGUCUGGUGUUCAAUCUCAAGGGUCUUCACAACGACCCUGCUGUUUGGGGCUCUGACGCUGCCGAGUUCAGACCAGAAAGGUUCCUCAAUGGUGGUUGGGAAAGGCUGCCACCCAACUCUUGGAAGCCUUUCGGGACUGGUGUUCGCUCGUGUAUUGGUCGCUAUUUGGCUGAGCAGGAGGUUCUUAUCACCAUGGCUAUGGUGUUGCAGCGGUUCGUGAUUGAGAUGGCUGAUCCUGAUUAUGAGCUCAAGAUCAAGUCUACACUUACCAUCAAGCCUGAUGAGUUCUACAUCAAGGCUCGCAGACGGCCUGGAAAGGACCACCUCUUCAACUUCAGCGCUGGUGCCGCUCCUGCUCCAGCACCUUCUAGCGAGACAGCCAACGGAGCUUCUGCCAACUCCAACUUGAAGCCGUUUUCCGUCUUUUAUGGUGGCAACUCGGGAACUUGCAAGUCUUUUGCCGAGGAUCUCGAGACCAACGCGGCGAACCACGGCCUGUCCGUUCCAGCUAAGGUUCAGAGCCUGGAUGAUGCCGUGGAAAACCUGCCAAAGGAUCACCCCCUCGUCAUCGUCACCUCCUCUUACGAAGGCCUCCCCCCCGACAACGCCCGAAACUUUGUCGCCUGGCUCGAGACCCGUGCCAAGGACCCCAGCAACAGCGAGCUUCUCAAGGGCGUCUCAUACGCCGUCUUUGGCGCUGGCAAUAAAGACUGGGCCUCGACCUACCACCGCAUCCCCAAGUUGGUUGAUGAGCUCCUCGAGAAACUCGGCGCCGCACGUCUCGUCCCUACCGGUUUCGUCGACGUCAGCCAGGAUAUUGUCGGUCCCCUUGAAGAGUGGAAACUGACCCUCUUCCCCGCCCUCCGCGAAGCAGUUGGUGUGACGGCAGCCGUCAAGACGGAGGAGCUCCGAGUGGAAAUCACCCAACCCACCGCGCCGUCCAAGCUAGCAGGCGAGCAGUUAUCUCAAGGUCUCGUCUUGGUCAACAAAGUCCUCGCCAAGAAAGGUCUCGGUCCGGAAAAACGCCAAAUCGACAUUCUGCUCCCUCCUGGUGUGCAAUACCGCAGCGGGGAUUACUUGGCCAUCCAACCCUUUAACCCCCGGGACUCGAUCCGCCGCGUGCUCAGCCGCUUCGGCCUCCACCCCGACGAUCUCGUCACCGUCUCGGGGACCACCAAAGAACACCUCAAGUCUGAGUCUGGGGGGCCAAUUUCGGUGUUUGAACUCAUCGGCACAAGAGUCGAACUCGCCAACCCUGCUUCCCAGCGCCAGGUGGCUCACUUGGCUUCUCUCUCAUCCGGUCUGGAGGCAGAUAAACUUCGUGUUUUGGCCUCGGAUGAGGAGUACCCUACCUCUGUCCUGGCAAAGAGGUUUUCUGUCUUGGACCUGCUGGAGGAUUUUCCCUCUUGCAAGCUGAGCUUUGCUUCGUAUCUUGACAUGCUGAGUCCGCUGUCUCCUAGGCAGUAUAGCAUUUCCAGUUCCCCGCUCGCGCAGAAACCGCUGCCUGAUCAGGGGUCUGGGUGGUCUAGCGAGGAGGGUGUUGAUCUGGAGAAGGCGAGCUUGACGGCUACGUUGACGUAUGAUGUGUACAACUCCCCUUUGAUGUCGCAUCCUGAGACGAAGUCCUUCAACGGCGUCAGUUCUUCCUACCUCGCCUCGUUACAGCCCGGCUCGAGACUGCGGUGUUUUGUGAGAAAGACGAAUGCGCCGUUUCGGCUGCCGAGUGACCCGGCUACGCCCGUGGUGAUGGUUGCUGCUGGGACGGGUGUUGCGCCGAUGAGGGCUUUUCUGCAGGAACGGGCUGCUGUUGCGGGUGCUAGGGGGGGGUUUCACAAGUCAGGUCUUGGUCCUGCUGUGCUGUACUAUGGGUGUAGGGACUCUGAGGAGGAUUACCUAUACAAAGAGGAGCUGGGUCAAUGGGAGAAGGAGGGGGUUGUUAGAGUACGGGCGGCCUUUUCGAGGAGGGCGGGCGAGGGAGGGAGGACGGGGCAUGUGGAUGAGCUGAUUUGGGAGGAUAGGGAGGAGUUGAAGGGGUUGAUUAAGCAGGGGGCCAAGAUACUUGUUUGUGGGAGCGCGGCGAGGUUGGGGAGGAGCACGGCGGAGGUUUGUUUGAGGAUUUAUGAGGAUGAGUUUCCUGAUAGGGGGAGGGAGGGGGCGGAGGAGUGGCUUGGGAAGAUGAAGGAGGAGAGGUAUGUUAGUGAUGUUUUUGGUUGAGAAACUGUACGGACGUGGGGGUUGUGGGUUGUGAGAGGGUUGGGCAGAGAUGGAUGGGCGUUUUACUUUAAUAGAGGUGGUGUUUGUAUAGAAUUUGGAAAGUUCUUUUCUUCUCUUUUUUUCUUUUACAUCAAUGCAAGUUCUUGAGACUUUUGAGUUGCGUUAUCCACGUUUCUUAUCUCUUCAUAGCGCGGUGUAAGAAGGGAUGUCCUCAGACAGAUGAUUAUGUUCUGUAUGUCACACAUGAAGCCUUCAUGCAUGUCGCUGUCACCCGCGUCUUUUUGCUGCUC